AUGUCACCUGCCGUGAUUGCCGAGAUGCAGCCGGAUCAUCAUGACCAGCUCGAGGCCGUCGGCAAAGCCUUCGAUGCACUCCUACUAACCGUGUACCAGCUGACACAUAGACAAAAUGAGCUGUUACAGCACAUGGAUAAUGUCUUCAAAGAGUACACAAAUGUGAUAGAAAUUCUGCCUCCUCAAGAUAGACAUCAUGCACAAGACGUUCAAUUCAAGCUGUUCGCUCAGCAAGAAGAAUAUCGUCAGGGCCUCGUACACAGCAAGCCUCGAGUGGAGGAACAACCGUUGAAUUCCAUGGAUGUAAUCAAGACUCUCGUUUCACAUCAAAAUGUAGACGAAAAUACUUUAUCGGCCAUCAAGAAUGGAGUUAAAGGGUGCAAACAUCUGCUCCGUUCUCAAGAUAGCCCCUCCCAAAUAUCCUCCAACUCGUGCAUCCUCGCGCAAGCACCGGCUCCAGUAAUCGCGCUGGAGAAGGACUUCACAACGAAUGGCACCCAGGGAAAUCUUCAUUGCCCCUUCUCCAAACCGAAUAAGAUGCAGAGCACAAAUGGCAGCGAGGCCCCCAGUGGGAGAAACUCUGCCCCGAAGAUCCAGAUCGAAGCUACCUGUGGCCACGAGCAUCUGGAUCCUAUCAAGGCUGAACAAGACGAACGACGCUCUAGCCACACCCCAUCAGCUCCGUCAUCAAAAGGAGCGUGCCCCGUCUCCCGAUGCCCAAUCCGAUUUCUAGAUCAACACUCCCCAGAAGAAAUCGCCGAAUACGUUGAACGACACAAACAUGAGAUCCCCCGCAGCCACGCAAUUUGCGUCAAUCGCUAUCAGCGAAACCCACGGGAUAUGAGACAAUUGGAUGCAAAAUACGGCGGCCUGACCAGUAUGAUCGCUGGCCUAGGCGUCAAGCACCAAGCCUUCCUGCCUGACCGUCAGACCAACGGCGAAGGCCACUCCUCGCAUUCUGUGUCGACUGAACGUGUUGAGAAAUGGGCCGACAACGUGGAUCCCAAUACGCCCAGUGCCGAGAUCGAGAAGGAGAACGAGAACGAAGAGGAUAACGAGGAUGAUAACCGCCAGAGUCACUUCGACCGUCCCCUCCGUGAAGUCCGCGUGGGUGAAUCCCCAAGCAGGCCUUGGGGAAUUUCAGUGCCUGUCACACAUCUACCUCUCGCCUCAGCGCCUUUAUCUGGCUCGGCGUCUAUUCCUACUAUAUUCUCUGACCCUCAAACCGACAAACCUAAUAAAGCCGCCAAUACAAACUUCCUCGAUGAUAAACCUGCUCACGGCUGUCCAUUCGGCCACGGUAAACCAAAGCCCGAAGUCCCAAAGCCUGAAACGGAAACAACUGGGGGCGGUGAAAGUCCCAAGGACAAAAAUGUUAUUACCCAAGAGAAACCUGGUUGUCCAUUCGGCUACAGCAAAUCAAAGGCUGAAGUUUCAAAGCCUGAAACCGAGCCCCCCUGGACUGGUGACUGGCCUAAGACCUGGCCUAAGGAUCAGGACGUCAUAGCUAAAGCACCUGCUCCUGCUCCCCAGGUCGCUUCUCACGCUCCAACUGCUCCUGUGAGCAAGGACUCGACUACGAAACCCGGCAUCCCCUCAAUAUUCUCAACCCCUUCCCACAUCACUUUCAAUGGUCCCCUCUUCUUCGGGUAUUCCGCCGAGGAGACUGCCAAUUUAUUACAGCAGUUCGGCAACCUGGGCAAAUCAUGA